UACUUACGUGAAAGGAAACGAAUUUGAUUGGUGAUUCAGGUGUGAAAACACCAUUAUUGAGCCAACGUUCUGGCGGAAAUCCUCAGCAUCUUCUCCCCAAAUCCUCAAGGUCUCUGUCAGUGCUGCAUGGAGAUAAUUCAUUUUGUCAAGUAUGAUUUCAGUUAAAUUCGUUGCGAAAUCAGCAAUAUUGACGGAGGGUUAUCUGCUAGUAAGUUCAGUAAGUUUUAUUAUCUUAUUAUGUUUGAAUUUCAUCAUGAAAUGAUUAAUGUCCUUAGGCAGGGGAUAUUUUCAUGCUGCAUUCUUGGAAUCCAUAUUUAAACCCUCUUACUUUCUCAAUUGAAUAUGGAGAUUCGAAAUACUUAUGCAUAAUUUGUAUCCUGAGCAAACUCAGUUUAUCAAUGUCAAGAAAAUCACUUCAGAACUAGGAGAACUUAUUGCAUACAAUGACCCUAUCACUCAUCAAAAUGGUUACAGCAGCAUGAGUAUUAGGUUAAGAAUUGAUUUAUCUCAACCUCUGAUUUUUGGUUUACCAGCCCCAAAUAAUCAUCAUGGUGUUAACUGGAUUGCUUUCCAGUUCUUAGAGCUCCCUAGGCUGUUUUGCAACUGCUGUAACAGGUUGGGCCAUGUUGUGGAAGAUUGCACAGACAUUUAUAUUCUCUCCCAGCAAAGAAUGCAAUCACCAGAUUCUCCUCUUCCUCCACCUCCCCAUAACACUCCUGAACCUGAAGACAACUACACUGAUGAAGAGAGAUUUAAUGUGGAUAUUGAUGUUCCAGACUCUGAUUGGAGUGACUGGAGUUUGGAGGUCCACCAUUCACCUGUUUCCUCAGGCCAAAAUCAAUCUGCCAUUUCUUUUUCGGAGGGAGAUCUUGAUUUUGAAGGCUAUAACCAAAGGGGAUUUAAUUCUCAUAUGUCCACAGAUUCUAAUAGCAAUAAUAUCAACAUCUCCAGCAGUUCAGCAGAUGAUUCAGUACAAGCUGCACAGCCGAUACAACUAGAAGAAGAAUCAACUCUUCCGCAGCAAAAUCAUGAUCUUAGUCCAGUCAAUUUCCUAACCUCAGACAUCCAUAUAGAUUUUGCACUGGUUUCUGACUCAUCUUCAAGCUCUCAAAAUUCUAGACCAAUGCCUGAAAAGAUUGAACCCUGAGCAGCAAGCAUUCCUCCUAAAGAAUGGAAUUGGCACCUCUUCUGAACCAGACAGCUCUAGGAGAGUACCAAAUGAGGAACUAAAACAAUGGAGAGCUCAUUCUACACCAUUCAAGAGAAUGAAAACAGCGGCACAUCACCAACAAAGACGAUCAGACUUGAACAGUGACUUAACUUGAAGAUAUAUCUUGGGGCCAGUGGAGCCUCCUUUUUUUGGGUUAUAAUCGUGUCUUAAUCUUGCAUAUCUGUCUUAGUACUUUAUUUCUGUUUGUCAUCAGUUUUUUACUCCUUUAUGUAACCUUGCAUUCUGCAUUUUUAGAAUAUUAGAUAUAAGUAUCUCUAGGUCGCAUCCUUGUCAAAGUUUUUUACUAUAAGUUCUAACUUGUCUGUUGAAGUGUAAUCUCUCUGGCAACAGAGUGCUUUUGAUCUAGUUGUGUGUUUUA